CUCCCAUCCUCUCUCCUCCACCCCCCCCUUCCCUCCCUUAUCUUCGUCGGGACCCUUCGACCCUUCUUCCUCCUGCGAUUCCUCCACCAACACCCCAUUUCACUUUCACCAUCACAAUGAGUCUCUGUGGGCGUCAGAAAGUUGUGCGCCGGAAGAUGGUGCUCUUAGGGGACGGUGCUUGCGGAAAGACCUCGGCUUUGAAUGUAUUCACGAGAGGAUAUUUCCCCACGGUCUAUGAACCCACCGUCUUCGAGAACUAUGUACAUGACAUCUUCGUCGACAAUGUACAUAUGGAACUGUCGCUCUGGGAUACCGCCGGCCAGGAAGAGUUCGACCGACUGCGCGCGCUAUCAUACGAGGAUACGCAUGUGAUCAUGCUCUGCUUUAGUGUCGACAGUCGCGAUUCGUUCGAGAACGUGGCCAGCAAAUGGAUCGAGGAAAUCUCCGAGAACUGCCCCAGCGUGAAGCUGGUCCUCACGGCACUGAAAUGUGACCUGAGAAAGGACGAGUUCCUGAACGAUAACCCCAACGCCAUCGCCUACGAAGAGGGCCUUGCGAAGGCCAAAGAGAUUGGUGCUGUCAAAUACCUGGAAUGCUCCGCCGUGCAGAACCGUGGCAUCAUGGAGACUUUCUACGAAGCAGCCAAGGUGGCCCUGGAAGUGAAAACUCAGGGGUCGAACGGCUCCGGGGAUCGGUGUAUCAUUCUGUAGACCUGCUGGGUCUCGGUCGCUCUUUGCUUUUUUCUGCUCUAUUAUUAUACCCGUUCUCAAUAUUCCCCUCUAUGGUUCGACAAAACCGACCUGGAUCAGUUGCCCUGGAUACGUGCCUGCAGUUUGGGAGGAUCUUGCUUGAACCUUCGAAAGACCUUGUUUCGCCGCAAAUUCAGCCUGUCGUACUUUGCAUUUGAUCGCCCUAUGUCCGUUUUCUCUAUAUAUACUUCUUUCUCUCUCUCUGUGUCACACACAUCGUCCUCAUAUUAAUCGUGUACACUUACUGUCAUGAUUGCGUGAACCCUGAAGCUUUUUGUUCUGGAAAGCAUGCAAGACAAGCCUGAUGGGAGAGAUGUUCAAGGCAGAUACCUACAUCAUUAUAUCUAUAUCAUCCAUCGUCCUAAGCAUAGAUCGAGAAAACAAC